UAUAGCACGAACCUGUCACGUUCCUAGGUACGGUUGGUUCUAAACCUAAUAAUAAUAAGUAUUGGGAGCAUGCCGAAUUCGAGGGAUCCGUUAAUCGUCGGGGGGAUUGUUGGCGACAUCGUCGACUACUUCGACGCGUCGGCGCGGCUGAGGGUGCUGUACGGAAACCGCGAGAUCACGGUUGGGUCCGAGCUGAGGCCGUCGCAGGUGGCGAACCAGCCCACGCUGCACAUCACAGGAAGAGCGGGAUCACUCUACACGCUCGUGAUGGUAGACCCUGAUGUGCCUAGACCAAGCGACCCUUGCGAACGGGAGUAUCUCCAUUGGUUUGUCACAGACAUACCAGAAGGAGGUGACGUUGGCCGUGGCACUGAGGUGGUAGCGUACGAGAGGCCGCAGCCGAUAGCGGGGAUACACCGUUUGGCCUUCGUGGUGUUUCGGCAGGUUGCGCGGGAGGCCAUCUACGCACCAGGGUGGCGCUCCAACUUCGUCACGAGGGACUUGGCCGAGUGCUACAGCCUGGGCGCUCCGGUCGCCGCUGCCUACUUCAACUGCCAGAGGGAGGGCAGCUGCGGUGGCCGGAGGUGGCAGGGGUGAACCAAGCUGGCUAUACCAACUAUACGUACACACCAUCACGCCAUCCCGUGGGAUGUGUCGCACAAGAUAAAUGAAUAAAGAAAGUAUGUGUGGGCAAGCUAGGUCCUUGUGUGCUGGCUAAUUGCCUAUCUCGAUUGGCCCUACUUGUGGCCGAAUAUACUGUGCACUUUGUGCAUAGUCUAAAUAUUUAAUAAUCUUGUAUGUACUCUUUCUAGGGAAACAAUCUACUAGUUUCUAUAGCCCCUAUUACCUUAUUUCUUUUUACAUGCGGCCUAUCCACCGCAACAUUGGAUUCCAUUUCUCGAAUUUCUGGUGGGGUGCAGCAACAGUGAACAAAAGGUGCAUAGGCUUUUGUGGGAGAAGAUGUGUAUGGCAAACUGGAAUGAAGUGAUGUUACUCUGAGACCCAAAGGCAUUUAAUCAAACAUUGUUGGCCAAAUAAGCUUGGCGAAUCAUUCA